AUGGGUACCACUUUGGCAACACAUUAAAUAGAAUACAUCACAUUGUUAUGGAGCUGCAUAAGCAGCGGCCUCGGGGCAGACACAGAGGAGCGGUUGGUGGAGCAUCUCUUAAACCCGGCCCACUACAACAAACUGAUCCGUCCCGCGACUAACGGCUCCGAGCUGGUUACCGUGCAGCUGAUGGUGUCGUUGGCUCAGCUCAUCAGCGUGCAUGAAAGAGAGCAGGUGAUGACCACCAACGUCUGGCUCACGCAGGAGUGGCAGGACUAUCGUCUGACUUGGGUCCCUGAGGAGUUUGAUGGGAUGAUGAAGGUCAGGCUGCCCUCAAAACACAUCUGGCUGCCUGACGUGGUGCUCUACAACAACGCCGAUGGGGUGUACGAGGUGUCAUUCUACUCUAACGCGGUGGUUUCCUACGAUGGCAGUAUCUUCUGGUUGCCCCCGGCCAUCUACAAGUCCGCCUGUAAGAUCGAGGUCAAGCACUUCCCCUUUGACCAGCAGAACUGCACGCUGCGCUUCCGCUCCUGGACUUAUGACCGCACAGAGAUCGAUCUGGUUCUCCGUGCUGACGUGGCCAGCAUGGACGACUUCACGCCCAGCGGCGAGUGGGACAUCAUCGCCCUGCCGGGCAGACGAAACGAGAACCCGGCUGACCCCACCUACGUGGACAUCACGUACGACUUCAUCAUUCGCAGGAAGCCACUUUUUUACACCAUCAACCUCAUCAUCCCGUGUGUGCUCAUCACCUCGCUGGCAAUCCUGGUCUUCUACCUGCCCUCCGACUGUGGAGAGAAGAUGACGCUCUGCAUCUCCGUGCUGCUGGCCCUCACGGUGUUCCUGCUGCUGAUCUCAAAGAUCGUCCCCCCCACGUCACUAGACGUCCCACUCGUGGGGAAGUACCUGAUGUUCACCAUGGUCCUGGUCACUUUCUCCAUUGUCACCAGUGUGUGUGUGCUCAACGUACACCACCGCUCGCCGACCACGCACACCAUGCCCCCUUGGGUUAAACUGGUGUUCCUCAACAAGCUUCCUGCCUUGCUCUGCAUGCGCCAGCCCAGGAACAGCUGCGAGCGCCAGCGGCUGCGCCAGAGAAGGAGGGCCCAGGAGCAGAAGGAAGGCGGGCGGGUGUUCAGCAAGGAGGACAAUGACCCUUGUACCUGCUAUGUGAACCGGGCGUCUGUGAAACAGUUCGGAGGGGAUCUGCAAGCAGCAGGGGGUCCUGCUUUGACUCAGGCUCUGCUGGCUCAAGCCUGUCCGGGUUUUGAUGAGGCCGUGGAAGGAGUUCGCUUCAUCGCCAAUCACAUGAAGAGUGAGGAUGAUGAUCAGAGUGUGAGCGAGGACUGGAAGUACGUUGCCAUGGUGAUCGACCGCCUCUUCCUGUGGAUCUUUGUGUUUGUGUGUGUGUCCGGCACACUGGGCAUGUUCAUGCAGCCGCUGUUCCAGAAUUACACAGUCAAGACCAUCACCAGCUCGCCAGGCUGACCAUUCCCAGGCCGAGAACACGCUGACCUGACAGCUCCCCAGACC